CUUCCCCGCCUCUCUCUCCCACCUCCGGAGUCACCAGAUCGGCUCGACCGGCCUACACGGCUCGAAGCCGCGAAGACUGUAGAGGUAUUAUUACGGGAAUGGAGUCACCGGCGGCUUGGAUGGAGCCGAGCCUCGACGUCGACAAGCUGAGCUACGAGAUCUUCUCCAUUCUUGAGAACAAGUUCCUCUUCGGUUACGACGAUCCAAAGCUCUUCCUCGCCGCUGGAACCCCGCCGGAGACGCCCCUCAAGGUCUCCACUGCCGCCGGGCGGGUCCGCAUCCUCUCCAUCGACGGCGGCGCCGCCGGCACCUCCGACGGCCUCCUCGCCGGUGUCGCGCUCUCCCGCCUCGAGGCCUCCCUCCGCAAGCUCUCCGGCGACCCCGCCGCCCGGAUCGCCGACUUCUUCGACCUCGCCGCCGGAUCCGGCGCCGGCGGCGUCCUUGCUGCCAUGCUCUUCACCCGCGGCCCCGACGGGCGCCCGCUCUUCUCCGCCGACGACGCCCUCCGCCUCCUCACUAAGAACCACUCCUGUCUCGCCGCCUCCGGCGAGAAGGGACUUCUCCGCAAGAUCUUCCGGCGAUCGGGCGGCAGCAGCUGCCGGACAUUCUUCCGGCGGGUCUUCGGCGACACCACGCUGCGGGAUACCGUGAAGCCGGUGCUGAUCCCGUGCUACGAUUUAGCUUCCGGGGCGCCGUUCGUCUUCUCCCGGGUGGACGCGGUGGAGACGGACGGCUAUGAUUUCCUGAUGCGCGAGGUGUGUGCCGCGACGUGCGCCGCCGCAGCGGCGGUGGAGAUGCGGUCGAUGGACGGCCGGACGCGGCUCCGGGCGGUCGGCGGGGGGCUGGCGAUGAGGAACCCCACGGCGGCGGCCGUCACGCACGUGCUGAACAACAAGCAGGAGUUCCCCUUCGCCGCCGGGGUGGAGGACCUCCUGGUGGUGUCUCUUGGUCCCGGGGAGGCGGAGAUCGCCGGAAAAUCUCCGGCGCCACCGUCCGCGGCGGAGUUCGUCCGGAUCGCUGGAAUGGGCCAGGCCGACAUGGUGGAUCAAGCGGUGGCCAUGGCGUUCGGGAAGAGCAUGGCAACGAACUACGUCCGAAUUCAGGGUCAUGGGGUCAGUUUGGGAAAAGCAGUUGAUGAAGUGGAAGCGGCGGAGCGAACGAUGGCGGAGAGAAACGUGGAGUCGGUUCUGUUCCGAGGGAGGAAGUUAACGGAGCGAACUAACGGCGAGAAGCUGGAGUGGGUAACAGAGGAACUGAUCAAGGAGCGCGAUCGGAGGAGGAGCAGCAGCGUGCCGACGGUCCUGAUCAAGCCGGCGAUCACGCCGAGGACGUCCUGCUCCACCAUCACUACUUCGGUGUCCAGCAUAACCUCUUCUGGGUCUCCACGAUUCUGACACGUGUUGCAUUACUUUGUUUUGGAAAGUGGUUGAUCGGUGUGCUCGCCCUCCCUGGAGCCGAUGGACGGUCAGGAUGGAAGAGGAGAGCCGACAGAGUGUGAGCAAGAGAGAGACCUUAAACUGAGUGGAAAUACGUGGCUGAUGGUGUACCAUGUGUACAUUGUAGGAUCUUAGUUUUUUUUUCCCUAAAAUUCUUUUUUUUUUUUUCUCAUGCUCCAUGGGGGCUUCAUGAGGGAAAGCUUAGUCAUGUGUUGGAUUUGGAAGUGUCUAUAUUGAGGUAAAAUUUAUUCACAAGAUUGAUGAGCA